AUGGCACUGGCGCCGCGUCUGUCGCGCGCCCUCCGCCCCGUCCCCUCCCCCUCCCCCUCCGCCGCCGCCGCCGCCGCGCUCCUCGCCUCGACAUCGCCUCUCCCCGUACGCCGCUUCCUCCAGCUCCACGCGCACCUGCUCCGCACCGGCGUCCUCCCCCUCGCACCCGCCGCCGCCUCGGCCUUCCUUUCCCUCGCGGCCGCCUCCCUCCCGCCCCAUCGCGCGCUCGCCGUCCUCCACCACAACCUCACCCCGGCCUCCGUCCCCUCCACCUUCUGCUGCAACUCCAUCCUCUGCUCCCUCCCGGAGCCCAGCGCCCUCGGCUUCCUCCGCCGCAUGCGCGGCCUCGGGCGCCGCGGGAACGCCUUCUCCCUGGCCAUCAUCCUCAAGCCCUGCCGCACCCUCGCCCACGCGCGCCAGCUGCACGCCAACGUCGUGACCGAGGGCCACCUCCGCGACGCCCUCCUGGCCACCUCGUUGAUGCGGUCCUAUGCUACCUGUGGUGCCGGGGACAGCGCGCGUAAGGUGUUUGACGAAAUGCUUGUCAAGGACGCCGUCGCGUGGAAUGUUCUGAUCACUUGCUAUGCGAGGAAUAAGAGGACGAAGGAUACGCUGAGGCUCUUCGAUGAGAUGAGGAAAGGUGAUGGUGAGGCGGGGCCGGAUGAGGUGACCUGCAUUCUACUCCUCCAGGCAUGCACGAGCCUGGGCGCGCUCGACUUCGGGGAGAAGGUCUGGGAGUACGCGGUGGAACAUGGUUAUGGUGGCGAGCUGAAGGUGCGCAACUCAUUGAUCACGAUGUACACGAGGUGCGGGUGUGUGGAGAAGGCGUACCAGGUUUUCUGUGAGACUCCUCGGAAGAGUGUGGUCACAUGGAGUGCGAUGAUCUCUGGAUUUGCAGCCAAUGGCUUCGGGGAGGAUGCUAUCUCGGCAUUUGAGGAAAUGAGUAGAUCAGGUGUUGCUCCUGAUGCGCAGACUUUUACUGGUGUGCUCUCUGCGUGCAGCCAUAGUGGGCUGGUUGAUGAGGGUUUCAGGUUUUUUGAUAUGAUGCUCCGUGAGUAUCAGAUGAUGCCAAAUGUUCGCCAUUAUGGAUGCAUUGUUGAUCUAAUGGGCCGUGCUGGGUUGCUUGAUGAGGCAUACCAUCUUGUGGUUGAAGAGAUGAAGGUUGCACCUGAUGCAACGAUUUGGCGAACUCUUCUUGGUGCAUGCCGAGUUCAUGGUCAUGUUGAUCUUGGAGAGAAGGUCAUUAGUCAUCUAAUUGAACUGAAAGCGCAGCAAGCUGGAGAUUAUGUUCUCCUGUUAAAUACCUAUGCGGCGGUUGGGGAUUGGAUAAAGGUGGCGGAAGUUAGGAAGUUGAUGAAGGAAAAUGGAAUCCAAACUACUCCUGGCUGCACAACAGUAGAGCUUAACGGUGAGCUCCAUGAGUUUAUUGCAGAUGAUGAUUCACAUCCAAGGAAGGCUGAGAUUUACGGGAAGCUUGAUGAGAUAAACAGGCAUUUGAGAAUUGCUGGUUAUGUUCCAAAUGUGUCAUCUGAGUUGCAUGAUUUGGAUUCAGAGGGGAAGGAAUGUGCCCUGACCUAUCACAGUGAAAAGCUAGCAAUCGCUUUUGCUCUUCUUGUGAUGCCACAACGUAGACCAAUACGCCUGGCAAAGAAUCUUCGUGUUUGUGUAGAUUGCCACAAUUUCACAAAGGUAUUUUCUGGUGUUUAUAACCGAUUAGUGAUUGUAAGAGACAGAACUCGAUUUCAUCAUUUCGAGGGAGGCCAGUGUUCAUGCAAUGAUUAUUGGUAGAGCAUCCUUGCUUCUCUGCUGCAUUCAUUUAUGGUGGACAUUAAAGAUUUGAAGUGUCCAUGCACAUUUGGAUGUCAGGACCUCAAAUUUGCAACCUUGAUACCAAAUGCACUUGAUGGCCAGAUGUGAUGUGAUUCGGUGAUUUUGAGGCAGUCUACCAUCAGGGCAUAUGGACCCAAUUCCACAAGAAAAACAAACAUAAGUUGCUUAAUAUGGAUUUCAGUCACAUCUGUAUGCAGGGUCUUCCUCGAACAGUGAUGUCUGAGGCUUGGCAGUGGUUCAGUUAGAAAGACUGUACAUGCUGCUUACAGGAGCACCCUUGUAAUAAACAUGCUUUGUUGGCAUGCAAUAUAGGACAUCCUUGGCUAAAAGCGGAACAGAAAGAGAUGAUGGAUCGUGUCAGUUUCUUGUUGGUCUGAUACAUCAGGUUUCGUAGACAAGCACUACAAACACAAACAGUAAGCAAUUUACACUAAUUUGUGUUUCUUGCAUCUGUGGACCUCUUAGCAGAUAAUAUAGCCAAUAUUUGUACAAGUCUGAGAAAUUUGACUAAGCAUGGCUAUUUCAGUUUGGCAGUACUGUUUAUAUAUUAAAACCAAGUCAGUAAACCUCUCCAUACCAGAUUUUCAAGGACCAUUGGCAUUAUAUGCAUGACAAUGCCACAAUGUUGCAAUGCAAAACGCUCAAUUGCAGUCAUCUGAACAAGUUGAGAAUUACAUGGUCUACUGAUUCCCCACAAGUAAUACUUUGAACAACAACAACACCAGCAGUAUCCUUCAAAGGUUAAAAAAAACAAUAUCCUUCUGCAUUUUCUUUGACAGCAAACUGGCACCUGAAUAUUUUUGCUUUAAUUGAGAAGUCACCCAGGGCCUAACACCACGCAUGUUUGGCUAAGUCAGCUGGGGUUCAAAGUCUCACUCCUUACCUAGUCACCCAGGUAUUGUGAAUUUGCCCGCAUUCUUGUCUGGCGAAAACCCAAGCUUGCUGUACUGACCAAUUCUGUUUCAGCAGCAGCUCCCAGACUCGAUGAAUUCAUGAUCGUUGAUGUGAUACUCAAGAGCUUCACAAUCAGAUAGCAGGAGAUGCAUUUUCCACUGACACUGUUUAUUUUUCGUUUAAUGCUAUGCCUUGAGUAAACUACAUAUCUUAGUUCAUCAUACUAGAGUAGGAACGGCGGGUCAUCUUUACCCCCUGCCUGCUGUUUUGCAAACCUGACAAUUGCAUUAGUGAUCCGUCUCCUUUGAUGUUUGAAGCCUGAACACCUAUAUUUACAGAUGUAAUGUAAUUGGCAAGUAGUAUUAAA